ACAACGUUUCGGCAGCUGCGUGGUUCCUUUUCUUUCUCGUGCGCCUGGUUCGCCUGCCUGCAACUAGCCAUUGCGAACAUUCGCGAUGCCCACCGGUUGCGGUGUUCCGCUCUGCCCCAACCGUAACCAGAAGAAUCCCGUGAUUCGGGGCAGGAACCUCGUGUACCACUCCUUACCCCGCGAGGAGCCCCUCCGAAGUGCGUGGUGCCGAAGCAUCGGCAGGGAGGACCCCGGGAAGGCAGACGUACGCGUUUGUUCGGAACACUUCAACGGCGAUAAGGACUACGUUCGCAUAGCGAGUGUUCUGCGCGAUGCUGGACAGACGUUGAAGCGCGUUAGCCUCAAGUCCACUUCUGUGCCUUCGCUUCGACUGCCCCCCUUCGCGAGGUCUACCCAAGCAAAGGAGCCACCGUCGAAACGCCGAAAAACUCUGGGUGAUGAGCCGAUUGGGGACGCCGGCUGCUCCGAGGAUAGUGCUCCGAGUGCGCCUCGUGAGCUCUGCUGUUCGUGCGGUCACCGACCAGCCUCACACGACGCAGCAGUUCAAGUGGACCCGGAGGAAGUGCAAGCGCCUACAAAAGUCCCCCGGCCGCCUGCUAGGAAAGACAAGGCUGUGGGAACGGACCCUCGGCUGGGGAAAAAGUCUGUCGGUAGGCAUGAAUAUUAUCGUGGCAAUUUGGACCAGGAUCACCCUAUCACAGGCGAGGAGCCAGCUCACAAGGAACGCGAAUUCAUCGUGUUCGAGAGCCAACUGCGACAGCUGUUUAAAGUCUGCAAGACCUGCUACAGGCCAUGUAAGGUGUCCACUUCGACGAACACCACCGUUCUCACGGUGCACACACUCUGCCCUGCUGGGCACUCCCAUCGCUGGGACAGCAUGCCGUCCAUCAAAGGCAGGGCUCUGGACACCCUGCUGCUGUCGGGAGCCAUACUGUUCACGGGGUCAUCUCCAACGAAGACGCUGCGCUUGUUCGAGCUCAUCAACCUCCAGGGGAUGUGCGAGAAGACGUACUUCAACUAUCAGCGAACAAUAUUGCGCCAAGCCAUCGAACAGGUGUGGACAGACGAGCAGGGCAAGCUGCUGGAUGAGCUUCGUGACCAGCCACUGGACCUUGCUGGUGAUGGGAGAUGA